CCAAACCAAGUUGUGCUAGUACAACCAUAUAAAUAAUUAAUAUCUGAAGUCUCAGUGUAACAUGGACAUUAACAGUGAUGACAUAUAAAUACAGACGGGAACCAAAUGCUAGGUGAAAUACUUUUUACAAGAAAGGAAGUUGAGAGGUUCUAGUAUUCUCCAUGGCUGAAGCUGUGUGUCUGAAACCCUGACGCUUAAACUCUAUUAUAGAUCAUAGCUGCAACUCCUUCAGGAUAUAAGGAAAAGAGAUAAGAUUUCCACAAUGAUAGAUCUUUGGUUGUACAGGUUUCCCAAUGAGUGGAUCAUGAUGACCGUAUUAUAGGGACUUGCCAUAGUAUGGCUGCUUCCCGAUCUACUCGUGUUACAAGAUCAACAGUGGGGUUAAACGGCUUGGAUGAAUCUUUUUGUGGUAGAACUUUAAGGAAUCGUAGCAUUGCUCACCCGGAGGAAAUCUCUUCUCAUUCUCAAGUACGAUCAAGAUCACCAAAGAAGAGACCAGAGCCUAUACAGAUUCAGAAAGGAAAUAAUAAUAAUGGAAGAACCACUGAUUUAAAGCAGCAAAGUACUAGAGAAUCAUGGGUAAGCCCUAGGAAAAGAGGACUUUCUUCUUCAGAAAAGGAUAACAUAGAAAGGCAGGCUGUAGAAAAUUGUGAGAGAAGGCAAACAGAACCUGUAUCACCAGUUUUAAAAAGAAUUAAGCGUUGUCUUAGAUCUGAAGCACCAAACAGUUCAGAAGAAGAUUCACCUAUAAAAUCAGACAAGGAGUCAAUAGAACAGAGGAGUUCAGUAGUGGACAAUGAUGCAGAGUUUCAAGGGACUAAACGAGCUUGUCGAUGUCUUAUACUGGAUGAUUGUGAGAAAAGGGAAGUUAAAAAGGUGAAUGUCAGUGAGGAAGGGCCACUUAAUUCUGCAGUAGUUGAAGAAAUCACAGGCUAUUUGGCUGUCAAUGGUGUUGAUGACAGUGAUCCAGCUGUUAUAAACUGUGAUGACUGUCAGCCUGAUGGGAACACUAAACAAAAUAGCACUGGUUCCUAUUUGUUGCAGGAAAAAUCAGUAGCUGGAAAUGGGGAUUUGGAAACCCCGACUUCAAUGUUCCUUGAUAGUAGGAAGGACGGUUAUAUAGACCAUAAUGUGCCUUGCACAAAUUCAGAAGUGCAGGUCAAGUUGGAGGACCAUAAAACAAUAACUGCCUGCCUGCCUGUGGAACAUGUUAAUCAGCUAUCUACUGAGCCAGCUUCAGCCCCUGUUUCUGAAAUUCAGUCAUCUUUAAGGGAUUCUGAGGAGGAAGUGGAUGUGGAUGUGGUGGGAGAUAGCGGUGCCUCAAAAGAGCAGUGUAAUGAAAACACCGGUAACGUCCUGGAUACAGUUACUGACAAUAUGCCGGUCUUGGGAGAACAAGAACAAUCUUCCAUUCUAGACUGUGUUUCAACUCAAAUAAUGUCUUUAUCAGAACCUCAAGAACAUCGCUAUACCUUGAGAACUUCACCACGGAGGGCGGCCCCUACCAGAGGUAGUCCCACUAAGAACAGUUCUCCUUGCCAAGAAAAUGGACAAUUUGAGGAGAAUAAUCUUAGUCCCAAUGAAACAAAUACAACUCUUAGUGAUAAUGUAAGUGAGUCUACCACAAAUCCUGAUGAAAUUUCUCAGAAUGAAAAAGUUGUGUGUCGUGACUCUCAAAACUAUGGAAGUGAAGGACUAAGUAAGUCAUCCUCAGAGGCAAGACUCAAUAUUGGACACUUACCAUCGGCCAAAGAGAGUGCCAGUCAACACAUUACAGAAGAGGAAGAUGAUGAUCCUGAUGUUUAUUACUUUGAAUCAGAUCAUGUGGCACUGAAACACAACAAAGAUUAUCAGAGACUGCUACAGACAAUUGCUGUACUUGAGGCCCAGCGUUCUCAAGCAGUCCAAGACCUGGAAAGUUUAGGCAAGCAUCAGAGAGAAGCACUAAAAAAUCCCAUUGGAUUUGUGGAAAAACUCCAGAAGAAGGCUGAUAUAGGGCUUCCAUUUCCACAGAGAGUUGUUCAGUUGCCUGAGAUUGUAUGGGACCAAUAUACCAAUAGCCUUGGGAACUUUGAAAGAGAAUUUAAAAAUCGUAAAAGACAUACUAGAAGAGCUAAGUUAGUUUUUGAUAAAGUAGGUUUACCUGCUAGACCAAGAAGUCCUUUAGAUCCUAAGAAGGAUGGAGAGUCCAUUUCAUACUCUAUGUUGCCUUUGAGUGAUGGUCCAGAAGCCUCAAACAGUCGUCCUCAGAUGAUAAGGGGACGCCUGUGUGAUGAUACCAAACCUGAAACAUUUAACCAGUUGUGGACUGUUGAAGAACAGAAAAAACUUGAACAGCUACUACUAAAAUACCCUCCUGAAGAAGUGGAAUCCCGACGCUGGCAGAAGAUUGCAGAUGAACUGGGCAACAGGACAGCAAAACAGGUUGCCAGUCGAGUACAGAAGUAUUUUAUAAAGCUAACGAAAGCUGGCAUUCCAGUUCCUGGCAGAACACCAAAUUUAUAUAUUUACUCCAAAAAGUCUUCAACAAGCAGACGUCAGCACCCCCUUAAUAAGCAUCUUUUUAAACCUUCCACUUUUAUGACUUCACAUGAACCACCAGUAUAUAUGGAUGAAGAUGAUGACCGAUCCUGUUUUCAUAGCCACAUGAGCACUUCUAUUGAAGAAGCCUCGGAUGAAGAAAGUAUACCUAUCAUGUGUAGGAAUUUACCUGAAUAUAAAGAACUAUUACAGUUUAAAAAGUUGAAGAAGCAGAAGCUUCAGCAAAUGAAAGCUGAAAGUGGGUUUGUGCAGCAUGUAGGCUUCAAGUGUGAUAACUGUGGCAUAGAACCUAUCCAGGGUGUUCGGUGGCACUGCCAGGACUGUCCUCCAGAAAUGUCUUUGGAUUUCUGUGAUUCUUGUUCAGACUGCCUACAUGAAACAGAUAUUCACAAGGAAGAUCACCAAUUAGAACCUAUUUAUAGGUCAGAGACAUUUUUAGACAGAGACUACUGUGUCUCCCAGGGCACCAGUUAUAAUUACCUUGACCCAAACUACUUUCCAGCAAACAGAUGACAUGGAAGAGAGCAUCAUUUACUAGUCCUCUUCAAUACACAGCAAUGGUAUCAUUGUUAAUUAUGUGCACAGUUUGGAAAGAUUCUCUGCUUUCCCUGAAAUGACACUCACAGCAUGAGAGCUUCCUGAGUGUUCUCGUCAAGUAUAGCUUGGCACCGUUGUGGCUCUAGAUCAUUGUUCAGCAGCUGAACAUUCCUGGUAAGCAAAAGGUUUCCCUAGUGAAUUUUGCACCACCACCUGAAAGCCUCGUAGGUGGUGAUCGUAAAUGGGUGAGUUGGAAACGAGAGCACACAUUAAGAGUAAAUUCCAAAGGUUUCAAAGAUCUUGGUCAUAAAUAUGAUAAGAAGACAAAGUAUUUAUAUUAAAAACAGUUUAGUAGCUUUCAGUUUUGUGGAAAUAGUUUUCAGUGCAGAAACUGACUUCUUUAGACAAAGUUUUAACCAAUGAUGGUGUUUGCUUCUAGAAUAUAUACUCUAAAAGAACUCACUGUCCCAGUGGUGGUCAUUGAUGACCUUUAGUAAAUUGGAGCUGCUUAACCAUAUUGAUAUCUUAACUUCUUUUAACCGCAAUGAACUGUCUUUAUUACCAACAGUAAAGCACUACAGGAGGCAGCUGUGUCAUUGCUUCCUUAACCAGCUCAUGGUGUGUGAAUGUUAUAAAGUUGUCACUCAGAUAUAUUUUUUAAAUGUUAUGUUAUAUAAGAUGAUCAUGUGAUGUGUACAAACUAUGGUGAAAAAGUGCCAGUGGUAGUAACUGUGUAAAGUCUCUAAUUCACACAUUAAUUCCUUUAAAAUACACAGCCUUCUGCCUCUGUAUUUGGAGUUGUGAGUGCAACUCAUCAAAGAAAACUGCCUAAUAUAAAAAUCAUAUAUAUGGUAAUAAUUUCCCUCUUUUGUAGUCUACACAAGAUCCAUAAAAGAUUGUAUUUUUAUUACUAUUUAAACAAGUGAUUAAAUUUAGUCUGCGCAGUGAGCAAGAGUUCACACGCAUUCUUUUAUACUGAUGGAUUUUGUUGUGCAUCAUUUAAAGCAUUUUGUAUGUUUCUUCUUAACUGUGUAUACAGUAUGUUCUUGAACAAUGUUCAUUUGUCAGGAGAACUGUGAGAAAUAAACUAUGUGGAUACUGUCUGUUUAUAUUAUAGAAUGUUGUGGUGACUUCCUUUUGGUUAGAUUAGAUUUUUUUUUUUUUACCAGUGUUAAAACCAGAAUUUUUUUUUAAAGUUUUACAAGUAAGUCUGCUUCUCAUAUACAAUUAGGGUUUUCUUCACUGUCUUUUAUAAAGAGUAAAAAAUAUAGAAAAGAGUGAACUUGAGAAUGUAUAAUUACGGUAGUAUUUUUGAUCAGUGUGUGCUAAAAGAAAAAAUUAAACUAGUUUACAAAAAAGAAACAGAGACUGUGGCUAAGCAAAAGACAAUUAUUGAUUCCCAAAUGUAGAAAGACUGAAGUUUUCUGUUCUCCUUGUUUUUGGUGAAAAUAAAUCUCCAUGGAAUUAAAUAGGUGGUUUCCUGGAGACCACCAGGAAAUAUUAUUAUUAAUAUUGAUUAGAAAAAGAUAGUAUAAAUAUUCUAAGGUGGAUUAGUAUUAUAUUUUAUCUGAUUUUUAGAAUCAUUUAUUUUUUCCUGUUUUUAAAUCUAGGGAACAGUAUUCAGUAGUUCUCUUCAAUACACAGCAGGGCACUAAAAUCGACCCUGAACUUUUUUUUAAUUAAGAAAAAUAACAAUUUUAAUAAAGAGAUAUGAGAAUUUUAAAGUAAUAUACUGAUUAAGAUCAGAAAGAGAAGUAAAUGAACUUCUCACCCUGAAAGAGGGGAAUUGUUAGCGUUCUAGACAUUUUAAUACUAAAUGUCAUGUGCUAUGCCAGAAGAUCUGCCUGCAGCCUGUAAUAUGACAAGACAGUUGCACGUGGUGAUAACUUUUGUGUUUGUAUGGAAAUUAUACCAGUUAGCUUUGGAGAACCAUUCACAUCUAUUUAAAAAAAUUCCAUAAGGUAUGAAGUAUGCUUUGGGAAGGACUUAUGAGUGAGGCAGUUGUUACAUAAAGAGAAUGUACAAGCCACUUGAAUGCAUUUUUCAAGGGCAAAGAUUAACAGAUUUUGGCAGAAAAGAUUAUUUUCUGCUUGAACAGAGAUGUAUUUAUUUUGAAAUUUUCGGCUCAAAGCAAGUAGUCCCCUUGUCUUUAAAAGGCAUAAAGGGUAGUAGUAACAUUGGAAGUGUCUUAUGUUGUCUCCAUUUGAGGGUUGCAGGAGUAGGUAGGUCUGUGGGUUUGCAAGUAGGCCUUCCGUUGUGUACCAAGAAAUAUUUGGUAUGGAAGACAACAGACUAUAAAAGAUCUACUUGUUAACGCAUUGCUUAUUAUCAGGUGAGCUUCAGUAGAUCAGAUUUAUUUCCUGGCAUAUUAUACUCAAAUUAUAUGUUAAUAACUGAAGAAAAUUUUAAUGACAUCUAAAGAAAGCUUAAGUGGAGAAGUUUCCUUCUGUGAGUAAACUCUGAUAAGAAUACUUACUAUGUAUCAAGGAAUCAUAUAGUAGUAAGGCAGGUUCAUUUAUUAUCCUGUCUUUGUGUGAGGAAAUCUAGUCAGAAAGUUGUUAACCCACCUGCUCAAGGCCAAAUAGUUAGGAAAGUGGUGAUGCCUGACUUUAACCUAAACUGGUAAACCCAGACUCAGUGUCUUAUCCCCACUACCUUCUUUGCCCAGCAUGAAUAUUCCUGUUGUAUCGGGCAUCACUGGCAUGUUAAGAGUGCGGGUGUGCAAGAGUUUUUCAUGUUUUUUUUUUCCCCAGGCAUGGUGUAGUUGUUAGAGUACAAACCUGAGUAUAUUUCUAGGUUUGUUGCACAGGAUAGAGAAGCCUAUAUGUGGACCGAGGGAAACCACUGAAAUAUCGUGCCAUUGCAGACUCAACAGGUGCACGCUGUGUGCUUCUCACUUACCCGUGACCAUGUCUUACCCCCCACUUCCCUUUUAAGUCAAAUCACAGAACACCAUUUACUGAGGUGUGAGGAACAUUUUUAAGAAAAGGAAAUAGCAAAAAUAGUGUGUCACAUGCAGUAAAGAUUAAGUGUUGUUUUCUCAUGUUUCUUUUUCAGUCAUAAAUGGGAGACCUGUUAUAGAAACCAUUUCUUACUGUAGAUGAGUUCUAGGUGCACUAGAUGAAUUAGGAGUCUCCAGUUACAAGUCACUUUUUCUACAAGAUUAUGGAGACAUCGUCCUUCUUUAGGCAAUAAAGUGUUGGUUUUCAUUUCUUGCCUUGGUAAAAAGGUACUGAAGGGAUUAAAUAAUCCCAGAAAAGAACUUCCGUUUUUUUUUCCAGUUUAUAUAGCUGCAUAAAUGUCUUUUUGAAAGUUAUGUCACAUUUAGCUCCAUGAGAACAGAGGACCAUCCAUGUUUGUCUGUGGCUCUAGGGCCUGGCUUUUAAUAGAUUGUCCAUAAAUAGUUGUGGUUGUAUGACCAAUGAGUUACACUUUUUUUUUUUUUUUCUCUCUGGGAAGUUAGGUGUUGGCACCUAUAUCCAAGAGUAUCUGUGACUCUUAAUGGGCUUGGCUCAGGAGCUGAGAAAAGGGAGGAGCCAUCCUACUUGUCUAAAGGAUGUUCUUCAACCCUGGUGGAUGGGAACGUUUGAGUUCGGGGUGGGGCCUCCAUUGGGCCAUGUAUCUUCAGUCUCUGUCACGUCUGUAGAGUGAUUUAAAUGGCAAAGACAAUGGGCUGGAAAUUGGGGCCCUAGUUCCAAGUUGCAGAAGUUACACUCUCAGUAAAUGUUGACAGAGAGGCACCUUUCGAGUUCUAGGAACUAGUAAAUGAUUUACAUGUCCUCUUAACUUGUCUUAAUCCCCACAACUCCUCUAUGAGGUUGAUUUACUGUUAGGAUCUCUAUUGUACAGAUGGGAAAACUAGAGAUACAGAGAAUUUAAAUGUGUUCGUUCGUUCUUGGUUUGUAAUUGCUGUGGGUGGGUGGCACUUAGGAUACAAAACCCUGAUUUAUGGAUCUUAUAUAUGAACGCAGAAGACAAGCAAUAUACAAAUAAAAAUUUUAAUUACUUAAUUUUAGGCAGAGAUAAAUACUGUGAGGAAAAAUAAUACUUGAAGAAAAAUAACUGAAGAAUGGGGAACACUGUCGUUUUAGACGGAAUAAUCAAAGCCUCAACGACAAGGGUAGAUUAGAAUGUUAGAAAAACCUGAAUGAAGUGAAGGAAUUUGCUGUCUGGAUCAGGUGUUGGAAGAGGCAGAAGAAUACUAAUGCCAGUGGCCUUGAGCCAGUAAAUAUGCUUGCUCAGGCAACUAAGAUGUUCAUUGUAACUGGAACCAAAUGAGCAAGAAGAGAGUAGUAAUUGGUGGGGUUAGAGAGGAUGUGGGGCCAGUUCAGGUGUGACUUUGAAUGUAGGGCAUCAUAAUGAAGUUUGGUUUGUGUUCUGACAUUUCCCAUACACACAUGGCCUUUUGCUAGGUCAAGACCUCUAAGGUCCUUUUCUGUCAUUUCAAGCCAUCCAAAUCAUCAGUGUGUCUUUUAGCAGCGCUUUGGAAGAAGCCCUAUGGAUUCGUCAGGGGUUAAGCUGUUUACCUGUGCUGUUUUUUCAGGGUGGCUGUCAACUACACCUAUAAGUCAUAUCUAGGCCUGACUGCUUCUCUGUUGCCUCAUUUCCUCAUGCUUGCUAUUAAAGCUGUGGUGGAUUUGGGCUGUGUGGUCUGUGUUGGCAGAAUGUUAAUCCCUACCUAUAAGAGUCAUUUUAUAUUUUCUGGCACAAAUGGUAAUUUUCAUCUUUUUAUCAUCACUUUUCUUCUCAUUUGCUCAAAUAUUCCCUAUGCUCCUCUAUGAAGAGUGUGACAAGUUGUGAUAGUAAAAUAACUGACAACUGUGUGAGUUAUGGGAACAUGCUGCACCCUUUUUGUUAAUAGAGGCCUAAUUGUAACCAAAGAAAUUUAAUUUCUCUAGCAAACACUUGACAUUUAUGUUUUAAGAACCAAUGCUACAGAAAAAGGAAAUAUGAAAAUUAUCAUGUAUCACGAAUACAUUAAGAAUUCUCUGUAAUAGUCUGGCCAAAAUUAAAACUUUAUAAAUGGAUCAUAAGUUUCAACUAGUACUGUGCUUGCUUCUAAUUCUGUUUGGAAUUAAGGCUUCAGAUGCUUUUCAGAAUGAUGUGAGUUACAAAUAAAUAGAAAAAGAGUUGUCCUGUC